AUGCCCAAGAACGGUGGUGGACCCAAUAACAAUCAGUUCCGGAACGGUCUAACCUACAAAGCCCAUGUUCCAGCCUUUCUCCAGGCGUUGAAGAAGCAGGUCGACGGCUCGGGUUCAGGCUCACGGCCGCGAGACGGUCGGAGCGAGUCCCCCGUUAGAGUGAGGGAAGGUCGGGAUCCCAUACCCGAACGUCCUAGAGACGGCCAAUGGGCUGGCGGUAGCGAUAACGAGGAGGGAGGUGAAAAGGAUGAAUUCGGACGAGCUAGACGGAGAAGUCCAAAGGGCAAGGGCAAGGCGAGCGAUGAUGAUGAGGACGAGUGGGAUAAACGAUUCGGAGGAGGACAGGACGAUGAUGGACCGCAGAUCGUAGUCGUCAACGAGGGGAAGCAUCUGACGGCAGAGCAAUACCGACAAGAGCGAGACAAGGCGAAAGAUCUGGCAAUCGACGGACAAGCCUGGAACGAACUGAAAAAAGAGGCCAAAGCAGAUUCAUCCACGUCCACCCCUGCGUCGGCCCCGCUAAAUCCAGUGACGAAACCGACCAAUACCUUCGGCACCUCGACGAAGGCAUCUACGACGAGCAAUAAGCGCAAGCUCGUGCCCGACCCAGCUACGAUAAAUCAAGCGCCUAAGUCUGCCAAGCAGAGCAAGAAGGAGAAGAAGAAGGAGAAGGACAAGAAAGGGCUGUUGAGUUUUGGCGACGAAGAAUAG